CAGCAGCAAUACACGCAGCAGCAGCAACAACAACAGCAGUCGACCUAUUACGUGCAGCCGGCCGGAAGCACGCAAGCGCAGGUAAACCUCCAGGCCAGACCGCCACCGCCUCCGCACGCCCAACAAAACCAGCGCGUCGACGGCGUCAUCUACAAACAACCCAAAGUUCGUGAACUGGUAAGAUCUGACACCCUUGUGUUUAAAUUUAUUGAAGUAUUCAAUACCCUCCUGCCUACUGCUACUUCCAACAUCCAUAAGCUUGGUCAAAAAUGCUCAAACAGCUGA